CCCGCCCCCCGAAUUCGAUCUCUUUUGAUUGAAUUAAGAGGAGUGGAAUAACCAAAGAAAGAUACAAAAGAAACAGAGAGGGGGGAGCAGAAGAGAGGAAAAGGAUUAAAAAAAAAACAGAAAAAUCUCCUCUUCCGUUUCCAUUGUCAUCAUUUAUCAUCUCAGAUCUUAAUUUGCUUCCCAUUUUCUAAUCUGGGUCAUUUCAGAAUGGAAUUCUGGGUUGUUUUCUGAUUAGUGCAUAAAGUUUUUGAGAUGCUCCUAGAUUGGAUUUAACAGCUACCCACUUUGUCCUUGGUGGUAGAUUCUACCUGUAUUCAUAACAAAAGAUAAGAUGGAACCAGAUCUUGGUAAACUCUUCAUUGGUGGGAUAUCCUGGGACACCGAUGAGGAACGUCUGAAGGAGUAUUUCGGAAAGUAUGGUGAAGUGGUGGAGGCAAUGAUCAUGAGAGAUCGUGUCACGGGCCUUGCCCGCGGCUUUGGUUUUGUUGUCUUUGCCGAUCCAUCUGUUGCCGGGAGGGCAGUUUUGGAUAAUCAUAUGAUUGAUGGUCGCAUGGUUGAGGCAAAGAAGGCUGUUCCUAGGGAUGUACAGCUCGUUCUAAACAGGAACAUGGUUGGCAUCACUGGACCUACUGGUCUUGGACGAACAAAAAAGAUUUUUGUUGGAGGUUUGGCAUCUACUGUAACCGAGGUUGACUUUAAGAACUACUUUGAUCAGUAUGGUAAAAUUAUUGAUGUUGUGGUGAUGUAUGAUCACAAAACACAAAGGCCUAGAGGGUUCGGCUUCAUCACCUAUGAUUCAGAAGAAUCGGUAGACAAAGUCCUGCAUAAAACAUUUCAUGAAAUUAACGGGAAAUUGGUUGAGGUCAAGAGAGCAGUGCCUAAAGAACCUCCAGGUGCCACCAACCACAACCUUACAAUCGGAUAUAAUUAUGGUUUGAAUAGGGCUUCCAACUUCCUCAAUAGUUAUGCGCAGGCAUAUAAUCUAAGUCCGGUUGGAGGCAUUGGGUUUCGGAUGGAUGAUAGGUUUAGUCCUCUCGUUGGUGGGCGAAGUGGGUUUCCUCCAUUUAGUUCCACUGGCUAUGGAGUAGGUAUGAAUAUAGAACCGGGAAUAAGCCCAAACUAUGGUGGGAAUUCCAACUUUGGCAACAGUCUUGGAUACGGGCGGAUAAUUAGUCCCUAUUUCGGUGGGAAUUCAAACAGAUAUAACACUCCGAUUGGCUAUGGUGUCGGAAGUGGAAGAAAUGAUCCUGUUUUGAGCCCCACUACUAGGAAUGUCUGGGGAAAUGUAGGCCUUAGUAAUGCCACAAAUGCUUCCAUCCCUGCUAGUUACUUGGGAUCUGGAAAUGAUAGCUUCAGUUCCUUAGGAAAUAGUGGGGAAAAUUGGAUCCCUUCUCUUACUUCUCGAAGUGGAGGAAAUGCUUCUGGCUAUACAGGUGGGAGUGCAGAUGACAACUAUGGUUUGGGAGGGGGAGGAUACGGAAGAAACAUCAGAACUGUUGUACCUCCAACAUCAUCAUUUACUGGACCAACUUGUAAUAUUGAAGGUUCCUAUGGGGAUCUUUGCCUCAGUGGUCCAGCAUACGGUGACUCAACUUGGAAGUUUGCAGCGCCUGACUUGAAUGGUUCUAGCUCAUUUGGUUAUGAGCUCGGCAAUACAUCUGCAGAUGAUACUGCUAGAACCUCUGAGGAUUAUGUUGGAAGUUACAGUGCUGCAAGUAGACAGUCCAGUAGAGGCUGGAACACCAUGGUUUGGUAUCUAUGAUGUCGUGGACAGUGAUAACAUAAACUCAUUUUCCGGCAUCUGAUUAGCCUAGACUGUCAAAAAGUACAACGAUCAGGUCAUUAGUACUGGAUGGAACUAAUUUAUUUUAUGUUUUGCCUACUUAAAAAUUGUUAUUGGAUUGGCCCUGUAUGAACUUGAUAUUGUCAUGAAACAGGAAAAUCAUUAUGUGAAUAUUCUUAAUGUCAUAGGAACGAGUCGCCAAAAGACCAUUCUUUAAUAUAUACUUCGAGAUUACUUUGGAAAAUUUAAUGUUUUCCAAUGUGCUGAGGCUUGAGAGGUGAAUGCAGGCUUUCUACAUUUGUUAAUUCAUCUCUUUCAUUGUUUCUUCUUCAGGAGUUGCUUCCUAGGAGAUCUGUUAUUUGGAUAUCAGAUACUAUAUGUAGGCUGAAGGAAUGUGCACAAACAUGUGAAGUAUUUGUGAAUUCGAUACAACUGACUCGUUACUAUGUUGGCAUACACAGAUUGAUCUUAUGGGACUAAUGACGGUUAAUGAUUUGAAAAUACUGAAUACACAUUCGGAGUGAGCGGUUUCAAGCGAUUUUCUACAAGGUUUGGGGUUUGAAUUUGUUUACUUUAUUUUUAUAGUGAAAAGAAUUUAGGUUCCCUUGGUAUUUUGAGUGAGGUUUACAAUCAGAAUGCGGGAUAUACACUCCUGAAGAUUGGUUCGAUUUAAUGUGCCAUGCAUCUGCAGCAACGUGUGCCAGUAAUGGUACAUCAAACAAUAGGGUAUCGAUUAUUUUUCCUUUUUUUUUUCCUUCUAAUUUUCAGCUGCUGUAAUGCCUGCCUGAGCUGCUGGGUCAUGUCCUUGUGUUUACUUGGUACUGUCUGGGAUUGUUUUCUCUCCGAUUUUAAGGAGUUUCGGUUCGAUUUGCUAGUGUGAA